AUAGUUGCGCCCAGUGGUUAAAGCCAAAGCUUGUUCUUAUCCAAACUUGUGCCAAGUACCAUUGUUAUCCGACCAAUGAAAUUUCAUUCAAGGUUAACGUUAACGCGCAUGUCAGGCCUUAAAGCUCCAGCAUCCAGCGACGGUCAACUUGUUACUGGGUUGAACAGACUUGGACGUGACUGCCUGAAUAGCCAGCACUAAACAUAUCUCCUUGCCAGACCAUGUUCGACGUGAUGGUUCUCAGAGAAAGCAUCUGGGAAGUGUUGGGUGCUACUUUGAAGAAGAGAGAUACUACCACUCAGUUCGACCAUGGAGAUAUCUCUUUCAUAAUUAUCGCAGGUGCCAUGGUAUUCUUUAUGAUACCAGGAAUUGCCUUUCUAUAUUCCGGAUUGUCAAGAAGAAAGUCCGCUUUGUCUCUUAUCUGGGCAGUGUCUGCCAGCAAUGCAGUCUGUAUCUUUCAGUGGUACUUCUGGGGUUACUCCUUGGCCUUUUCCCCAACUGCCACCAAUGGAUUCAUAGGCAACCUUGCCAACUUUGGUCUCAUAGGUGUUCUUGGCGACCCGUCACCAGGUUCCCCAUUAAUUCCUGACCUGUUGUACUCAUUCUAUCAGAUGGAAUUCGCAUGCGUCACAGUAGGAAUCCUGAUGGGUGGGAUCGCCGAGCGUGGACGGGUUCUCCCGGCUAUGAUUAUCACGUUUUUGUGGAUGACCUUGGUUUAUUGCCCCCUCGCUUGCUGGCCGUGGAACAUAAACGGAUGGGCCUUUAAGUACGGCGUUUUCGAUUAUGCAGGUGGAGGCCCUGUGGAGAUCGGAAGCGGGAUAGGAGGACUUGCCUAUUCCUGGGUACUUGGCCGCAGGCAGGAGAAGGAACUCCAAAACUUCAGACCGCACAAUGUUUCCAUGGUUAACCUGGGUACAUUCAUGCUCUGGUUUGGAUGGCUCGGUUUUAAUGGUGGUAGUGCUUUUGGAGCGAAUUUGCGCGCCAUCAUGGCGGUGUGGAACUCUAUGCUUGCUGCCGCAUUUGGCGGUAUUGUUUGGUGCCUCCUCGACUAUCGUUUGGAGCGCAAGUAUACUAUGGUCGGGUUUUGCUCUGGAACUAUUGCAGGUCUCGUAGCAGCCACGCCUGCUUCAGGAUUCAUCCAUCCCUGGGCGGCAGUCAUCAUGGGCAUAAUCACCGGCGCUGUAUGUAAUUAUGCAACUAAAGUUAAAUCUCUUAUUCGUGUGGAUGAUGCACUCGAUCUUUUUGCCGAGCACGCUGUCGGCGGGAUCUUGGGUCUCUUGAUGAACGCCUUUUUCGCUUCCCGUUCCAUUAUCGCCCUGGAUGGCGUCAACCUGGAUGUUACUGGUGGGUGGGUCGACCACAAUUGGAAACAACUUUACAUCCAAGUCGCCUAUAUUUGCGCGGUGUGUUCAUACACAUUCGUUGUUACUGCUAUCAUCGUCAAGUGCGUUGAUUCCAUCCCUGGCCUCCACCUACGCACAACGGCUGAGGGUGAAGAACUCGGUCUUGACGAAGUCGAGAUCGGUGAAUAUGCAAACGACUACAUUGAAGUACGGCGUCACUUCAUGGACUGGACGGCAUUUGGCAACGAACCAAAUCCCGAUACUCAUAGUGCUGAUGAGAAAACCCUUGAUCUCCCCCAUGCCGACGCGGCCUCGGUCUCUUCUUAA